AUGCAUCCAGAGACUUCGUCAUUUCAUCUUCCUCAUAGUGAGAUUACCAUCACUUUUGACGAUGUGACAUGUCUGCUGCGUCUACCUAUUAGGGGUACCCUCCUUGGUCACGGUAGGUUGACGAAGGAGGAAGCGAAAAAGAUGCUAAUUGCGGAGCUCGGGGCUGAUCCUGAUGACGCGCUUGAGGAGGUGGAGAGGACCCGCGGGGCGCAUCUCAGGUUUUACUUCCUGCAGUUGAGAUAUGAUGACGAGCUUCUUGCAGCACAUGAGGCUGUUGGUGACGAGGUAAAGGCGGAUAUACAUAGAGAGCGGGCAUUGAUAUGUUGCUUCCUAUAUUUGAUUGGUACUCAGCUCUUUGUGGACAUGAGCUUGUCGUACACAGACGUUGUUUACCUGAGGCUUGGAUACUACAACACUUCCCAGACAUUAUUGGCUUGGGAGAGGUGCUUGCCUACACUGAGGUCAUGCCGCGUGCCAGUGCAUUCAUCCCCCUCAGAGGGAACCAGGUGUCGGAUCCUUACUGGCACGGACUUGAUCGCAUGGCCGUCGAGGACGUCAUAUACGAGCUAUCCUGAUCACCGUGAGACGGUUCCAUUUGAUAAGAUAGCACUAUAUUAUGAAUGGUUGGCCGUCAGUUCAACCAUUAUUGCACGUUAUCUUCCGGAUCGCGUCAUACGUCAGUUUGGCUACCAGUAG